CUGGGGGUCAAGACAAUUUUCUACAUACAUCACACAUUCACCUAUAUUGGGCACACGAUUUUAAUCACGGAUUAUUAUUGAUUAUCUCUUAUUUUGACAAGAACGCUAGCUAGCUAGGUGGCUGCGGACUGGCAAAGUAACAGUAUUCCAUCAAUGAUACCUCUGAAUAGCGGGCGGGAGGUGGGGCCGUGGCCCAUUUCACUUCCUUAAUCCAAGAAAUCCAUCACGUCAGGGGCACAAAACGGAGGGACGGCGGUGGAAACGUUUCUCAAGUUUUUCCUUAGGAUAUAUUUAUUUAAUUGAAACCACUUUUGGUGACCAUGGCUGCUCUUUCAGCCUGGUUUUGGAACGAGAGAUUUUGGCUCCCACAUAAUGUGACUUGGGCGGACCUUGCAGACCCAGCGCUCGGGGUGGAGUAUCCAAAAGCCAGUCACUUGCUCUCUGUCUUACCGCUGGCUUUGGGGAUCUUUGCGGUCAGAAUACUAUUUGAGAGGUUCAUAGCCAGUCCAUGUGCCUUCCUCUUGCAUAUCCACGCUGCCUCAGUCCACUGGCGAGCCACACCCAACCCUGUCCUGGAGAAGGUGUUUACAUCCAUCACAAAGUGCCCAGACUGGCGACACCUGGAUGGGUUAUCUAAGCAGCUGGACUGGGAUGUGAGGAAGAUCCAACGAUGGUUCAGACACAGACGCAACCAGGAUAAGCCCAGCAUACUCACCAAGUUCUGUGAGAGCAUGUGGAGGUCUACAUUUUAUCUGUGCAUAUUUACCUAUGGGAUUCGUUUUCUAUGGCAGUGCCCAUGGAUGUGGGAUACACACCACUGCUGGUACAACUACCCUAAACAGGUCCUGACUCCAGGCCUGUACCACUACUACAUGACUGAGCUGGGCUUCUACUGGUCCCUCAUGUUCUCUCAGUUUACUGACAUCAAACGCAAGGACUUCCCCAUCAUGUUCAUCCAUCACCUAGCAACAGUGAGCCUGAUCAGUUUCUCCUACGCUAACAACAUGCUACGUGUCGGGAGCCUGGUGAUGUGGCGUCACGACGCAUCAGACUUCAUACUGGAGGCAGCCAAGCUGGCCAACUACGCCAAGUACCAGCGAUUGUGUGACUUCCUGUUUGUUCUGUUUGCAGUAGUCUUCUUCAUCACAACGGCUCGUCAUCUACCCUCUAUGGUUAGUGAAACUCUAUGGUUGUGA